CAGGAAAUUUCAGAUUUGUUAUUUCUUGUAUUUUUCUUAAAUGUUUUCAUUAAAUACGAGUAUUAUUCCUUUUUAUAGCACAUAUUUUUGAAAAAAAAAUCAAAUUUUGUAUAUAAUAUGUCAUUACCUUGGCAUAUUCCACUCGAAGCGUUGCCACCAAUGAAAGAAAAGGAAAAACCUCUUGAACCUUCCUUGCUAAAACAUUAUUGCACACUUAAUAUACACGAAAGUCCUUGUGACGAACUGCAAACCGGAUUUAUGUGUGAAGUUGGGUUGUAUAACAAAGAACCUUCUACAAUUCAAAGAUUAAUAGCAUCUGGAAUGACAGUAGCUCGAAUCAAAAUACGUGAUUUAGAGCCCGACGCUUAUGGGCAAUUAGUACAAAGCAUAAGAAAAGCUGUUUAUAAUUAUAGUGCCGAGUUAGAAUAUGUUUAUCCUUUGGCUCUUCUUGUUGAUGUCAGAGGCCCUGAUAUUGUUACAGGGGAUUUAAAGGAGGGUCUUCAUACAACAAUUGAAUUAACUGAAAAAGAUAAUAUUCGAUUAACAACAGAUACUAGUUGGCGAGAAAGUGGAACUGCUGAUUGCCUUUUUGUUGGUUAUGACCAUUUAACAGACCUUCAAAUUGGUGACGUUAUAUUUAUAGAUAGUUUAUCGGAAAAUAAAAUAAAACUAACCAUUGUCGAAAUUGGUGACGAUUCUCUUGAAUGUGUUGUUUCUGUUGGUGGAACUCUAGGGGCAAAAAUGGCAGUCCAUAUAUCAAGAGCCCCACAUGAAAUAGAUUUAAAGAAAACAAAUAAAAGUUUAGAAACGAUAUCAGUUAAUGGAUCCUUAGAACAACCUUUCGAACACAUUGAAGAGCAACUGGCUUGGGCUAUCGGUUCAGAUGUCGAUGGAGUUUUAGUGCCAAACGCUCAAGGUCCAAUGGAUAUUAGAUCAAUCCGUGAUAUUUUGGGUGAAAAGGGAAAACAUAUUCUUAUUUUUGCGGGAAUAGAAACUGUUUUAGGUCUCGAUAACAUCGACAAUAUAUUAAACGAAUCAGAUGGCUUAUAUGUCGAUCGAUGUACCCUUAGUACAGAUUUACCGGUUGAAAAAAUUUUUAUAGCACAGAAAAUAAUUUUAGCAAAAUGUAAUUAUGCGGGUAAGCCUUGUAUAUUUAAAGCUGUUUUAAAUGAACAAAUUCCUACAUUAUGUGUUACUGAUAUUGCCAACCUCAUUUUGGACGGGGCAGAUGUUUUGUCCUUAGAACUGCACUAUGAUUCACCUCUUAAAAAAAUUGUACCUGGCUAUGAUGGUGUUAAAAUGGCAGAACAGUGUGUCGCUGCUGCCGCAGUCAUAUGUAGACAUGCCGAAAGAAUUGUUUGGCGGCCAAAGAUUUAUGGACAAAUGAACUUAAUGCAAGGAACAUUAGAAGACCCGACUAAAGCCAUAUCUCUAAAUGCUGUUGAAUUGGCAAUGCGUUCAUCAGCAGUUGUCAUUAUUUGUCUCACAAACUCAGGCCGUACAGCAAAGUUACUUUCACACGCAAAACCUACAUGCCCGGUUGUAGCAGUCACGAGAGCUUGUCAUACUGCACGACAAUUACGAUUUUGGCGAGGUGUACGUGCAAUGCAUUACUUUGAGAUAGCAAAACCUACUUGGGUUUUAGAAGUUGAGUCGCGUAUUCAUGCUGCUCUUGAUUAUUGUAAGGCUAAGAGGAUUCUUAGAGCUGGGGAUGCAUAUGUUGUUGUGAAUGCAUCUAGACGUGGUGUUGGCUACUGUGAUGCUAUACGACUACUCUAUGCAAGUUCUCGUGACACUAUAACAGUUGAUUAAUGUAAAAUUUUUGAGAUACUAUAAAAUUUUGCAACUAAAUAAAAUAAUAUGGAUAUUGUAA